GCUCGGCUGGUACAAGACACCCUCUAUGUCCACCUGCAGCCGGGGCUCAGCUUGACGGGCUCCACACAACCCCGCUCCACGUAUGUCCUGGCGACCUCGGAGGUCUACACCCUCAUCAGCAAGUUGUACACCGACGCUGACGCCCACGCCCACCUUGAUGUCCGUGUGCUGCUCACCAACAUCCUCAACCAGGGCGCCACCCCGGCGGCACUCGGAUCAGUGCAGAAUCUCUCCCAGCCGCCCGAGGUGGUGCUCACUGACUUUGAGACUGGAGAUGGGGGUCAGUCCAACCCGGUCAAGCAGCGCCUGGAGCGCUACGCCACCAGCUGCUACAGUUGCCGGCCCAAUCUCAUCUCCGUUUUGUUGUACCCGGAGUAUGAGCUAGAGGCCGUCGACGGGGAGCUACCCCCACAGCCCGAGACCGGCACAUCCGGAGAGCCUCUUGAGAGCUACAGUGAUGUCGUCGUGGGGGGCACUUUUGACAGGCUUCACAACGGCCACAAGAUCCUGCUGAGCGUGAGCUGCAUGCUGGCGGAAAAACGACUCCUGGUGGGCGUCUCGGACAAAGAUCUCCUGGAAACGAAGGUGCUGAAGGAGCUGAUCCUGCCCUAUAUCUUGAAGGAGGAUGGAACGAUUGACCGAGCCGUCUUAGGGGCCAAAGUGUUUGGAGAUCGGGAGCAGCUGAAGAGGCUGACCGACAUAAUGUGGCCGGUGAUGGGUCAGAUGGCCAAAGAGAAGAUCGAGGAGGCAGCUGCACAGGGAGCGACGGUAUGUGUGUUGGACGGCGCCGUGUUGCUGGAGGCUGGCUGGGUGGACAUGGUGCACGAAGUCUGGAGCAUCAUUGUCCCUGAGGAGGAGGCCAUCAGACGCAUCCUCGUCCGAGACGGCAUAAGUGAGGAGGCUGCCCGGAAGCGCCUGGAGAAUCAAAUGCCCAGCAGCCAGCGCGUGAAAUAUGCCCAUGUGGUUCUUUGCACAAUGUGGGAACCAGAGGUUACGUAUGAGCAGGCAGAAAAGGCUUGGGCCCUGCUCCAGAAACGCCUCAAAGAGGAGUAGAUCUUGAACUGUGAGAUGGGGGAAUCGCCUCUGCAACCCCACUCCCUCUGCACUGCCGGAUUGGAAAAGCACGCACCGGACAGGUCUCGCCCCAGUGCAGGGACCACAGAUGAGGGUGCAGAUGCGGGAAAGGGAGUUCAGACUGCCUGAUGGCUGCGAGUGGGAGAGGAGAGAGCUGCAUUCCCCCGUGUGUUUUUUUUUCCUAUUGCAAACAGCCAAGGGGAACAAUGGAGCAGAAAACCAGAAGCGGGACUGCCUGUUGAGCAGGCAAGAACCGUUGUUAAAUGCCGGAGCCACGCUUGGGUUGCAUGAGUUUCCUGGGGAGCAAUGUUUUAGUGACUGAUGAGGGUGCCCAAAGAUUGUGAGGGUGUGGGGGCUGGCUGUAUAUCAGGGGUGCUGCGCUGUCCUCACCUGCCCCCGAGCUCUCUGCUCUCGGUAUGCUGUGUGCCCUGCGCAUAAGCUAUACAUAAA